AUGCCGGAAAUCAAACCGCCGGUCGUGGUCUCAUCUAUGGCCCGGAUCCCGACAAGACUACUGCUACGUUCAUUGCUUUUGACUUCCUUGAUGACAUCCAAAUUAUUCUUACGACCUGCUCUAGCCGUAAUGGGCGUCCUUGCGACAUCGAAAUCCGCACUAUUGAACCCAGAUCGGAACCUCCCUUUAAACAAGUUUCUUCGCUGGACGGUCUACAAUCACUUUUGUGCUGGAGUGAACAGAAAAGAAGUCUCGAAAACCGUGGCAGACAUUAAGAAGAUGGGUUAUCAGGGCGUCAUCUUGGGGUAUUCAAAAGAGAUAGUGCUGGAUCAGGAAGAAAUGCUUUCGACCGAUGCGUCUGGGACAUCAAAAUAUAGCGAAAAGUGCUAUCAGAUGAUUGACGAGUGGAAGGAGGGAACAUUGGAGACACUACGUAUGGUUGGGACGGGCGACUUCCUUGCCGUGAAAUUGACAGGUGCCGGGCCCAUUUCAGUGGAUGCAAUGGCAGCAUGCCAGAGUAUGCCAGAGGCUCUGGUUAAAGCCAUGGAUGAGAUUUGCAUUGCGACAGAAAAGCAGGGCUCACGUCUCUGGUUGGAUGCAGAGCAACAAGUCUUGCAACAUGGCCUUGAUGAUUGGGCCAUUGAAGUGAUGCGCAAACAUAACAAAUCUGAAACUCCAAUCGUUUACAACACUAUUCAGGGCUAUCUCAAGGGAUCAAAGGCGAACCUUGACCACCAUCUUACGUUGGCUGCGCAAGAGGGCUGGUCUCUGGGUAUCAAAUUGGUCCGAGGGGCGUAUAUUGAGCAUGAGACCCGCUCUCUUAUUCAUGACACACAGGCGGAUACGGAUCGGUCUUACGAUCUCAUUGCAGACACCUUACUUUGUCGAAGAAUGCCUGCUGGGAAGGGGAGCCUUCCAUUCCCCAAGGCCGCUCUUUUCCUCGCCACCCACAACGCUGCUAGUGUAACCAAAGCAAUUACCACGCACCAGAAUAGGCUUAUGGCCAACCAACCCACAAUCAUGUUGGAAUGUGGACAAAUUCAAGGCAUGGCUGACGAGCUCAGUUGUGAACUGGUGCAAAACUACGAACGUGCUCUCGAGCAAUCAUCUGCUGCCAACCUGACCGUGCCAAAAGCUUUCAAAUGCAUGGCUUGGGGUUCAGUUGCUGAGUGCAUGGGAUAUCUGCACCGCCGAGCAAUCGAGAAUCGCGGGGCAGUGGAACGAACACAACACAUGGUGACCGCAUUGCGUCGUGAGUUGUGGCGAAGGAUCGUCGGAUGA